CUUUACUAAUUUGGUUCUGCCGGUUGGCUUACCACCAGGACACUCGGCUAGGAAGGCUCGAAUAGACUCUCCAGGACUUUUAGAGUAAUGCAACAGAAGGCCUUUGAAGAAAGCAGAUACCCCUGGCAGGAGUCCUUUGAGAAUGUUGCUGUGUGCUUGCCAUUCCGCUGCCCGAGGUGCGGAGACCAUACCCGAUUUAGAAGCUUGUCAUCAUUAAAGGCCCAUCUGGAAUUCAGCCACAGCUACCAGGAAAGAACCCUCUUGACGAAAUGCAGCCUCUUUCCGUCCCUCGAAGACACAGACCUAGUCACGUCCUCGGAACCCCUGAAACUGGGGAAAUUGCAGAGCUGCGGCAACGUGGUGAAGCAGAAACCCAGCUAUGUUAACUUGUACAGCAUUGCACACGAGCACUGCAAGGACAGGAAGCCAUUCGAGGUGGUGGCUGAGAGACCUGUGUCCUACGUGCAGACCUACAGUGCAGUGGAUCUAUGUGCCGACCCGCUGGAUGGGCCGAGGGCCAGUCCCGGACUCCCCACCUCCGACACCAAAGCUGCUUUCGAGGCCCACGUCCGAGAAAAAUUCAAUCGGAUGGUCGAGGCUGUGGACAGGACCAUCGAGAAGAGGAUCGACAAACUCACCAAAGAGCUGGCCCAGAAGACUGCAGAACUGCUGGAAGUCCGGGCGGCUUUUGUCCAGCUGACUCAGAAAAAGCAGGAAGUUCAGAGACGAGAGCGGGCCCUGAAUAGACAGGUGGACGUGGCUGUGGAGAUGAUCGCGGGGCUGAGGCAACGCCUGACAGAAUCGGAGGAGGAGCUUCUCAGGAAAGAAGAAGAAGUUGUUACAUUCAACCAUUUCCUCGAAGCAGCAGCUGAGAAGGAGGUUCAAGGGAAAGCUCGGCUCCAGGACUUUAUUGAGAACCUGUUGCAGCGGGUGGAACUGGCGGAAAAGCAGUUGGAGUACUAUCAGAGCCAGCAGGCCUCGGGCUUCUGCCGGGACAUCAGCGAGCAUGUGCUUACAGAUAGCUCUUCAAAUAGGAAGCCCAAAUGCCUAAGCCGAGGACACCCACAUGCAGCGUGUAACCACCCUGAUCUCAAGACUCAUUUUCAUCCAAAGGGAAGGAGCUACCUGAGAAAAGCCAAGGAUGAGAGGGCCAGCAUGCAGCCUGCUAAGUCCAUUCACGACCAGGCCGAAACCCCAAGAGAACUCUGCAGACCGCUGAAGAAAGGGGAGCCUCUGGGAUUAAGUCGGAAAGGCAACAUCAGGCCCAAAAUGGCCAAGAAAAAGCCAACAGCGCUCGUGAACAUCAUCUAAAAGGGUGGGUGGCCUCGACCGUCCUCCUAGGCUUUGGGGAAUGUUGUUCUAGGGGCCAACAAUAAUGUCCUUUUAGACACAUCCCAUAGUAAGACACAAUGGGAAAGCAAAGGGCUAACACCUUUACUUCCUGUCCGUGCAAGCAUGUGGAUUAACCAGAAUUUAACAAACGGGCACCUCGGGGAACGAGAAUUUUAUUACAGGCUCCUUGUAGAAGCAAGAGGCAAAUUGCAGAAAUAAUUUUUAAAAAGGAAGCAGUCUUUCCCAAAAGUUUAGUAAAACAAAGCUCCAUCUUCUAAAAUAGUUAGCCCAGUCUUCAGUACUUUCUGCAUCUGGUGUUCUAUGCAGUGCUGAUUAAUGCUCAGACCCAAGGCCACACAAGAUGUCAGGUGCUGAAAAAGAUUCAUCUAUACCCCCUGCUCAAAAUUGUGAGAUGAGGAACGGGAAUAUAAAUUAUCUUAAUAGCAGUGAAAAAAACAAACAAACUAUUUUUGUUUGUUUUUAACCUUCCCCUCAAUUAGUUUGAAAGCCUCCAAAAUACGAAUUCCUGUUUCCCAGUGUAUUCUGGUUAAUCAGGACAUUGGCGUUUGGGCUGCUACAGGGACUCCUCUAUUCAACCUCAGUUCUCAUUUGGAUGGACUGUUUUCCAGCUUGUUUAUUUGAUUCAGGUUUUUUGUUUCCCAGGAUGCAUGUUUGUUGAGACUUUGGUGCACCUCUGCUGUCUUCUUUGGCUGGGUGUUCUGCACCCUAACACCAUGCUCCAGCCUCUAUCUUAACAGCUGUCUCUAUCGCUGUGGUUGCAGGAGGACAUAAAACACAUCACGGGCUCAGGGUCUGAAUGGUUGGACGUCAACGAAUUGCAUGUGCAGUGCGUUGUGAGCCAUCCUGGAGACACGCAGCCCUUUCCCAAGGCCUUCCCCUGGCAUGUCCACGGCCUCUCUGUGGGCUGCAGGCAUGGCUUUCUCCUUGCUGGCCUACCUUGCCCACCUCCUGCUGCUUCUGUGCCCUUUCAGGAUUAAAAUAUAUGCUGUUACCUUUCAGCCAGCUGUCUGAAGUGUCAUUGUGCACUGCUUCCUAAAGUAGCUUCUGAAAUAAACAGUACAUGUGGGAUCUGGAAUCUGAGACUGUCCUCCUCUCCUGCCCUAAAAUGGCCUUUAUUUCCAAAAGACCCAUCUGUUAAGAACCUCCUGCUUUAUGAUUUUCUUCAAGAAUGAAUUUUCAUGUUUUUAAACUUAGUGUUAUCAUCAGAUCUCCUGCAGAGUUUACAAGUGCUGACAUCCUUCCAGAAGUAAGAAUAAUUAUGUCCACAAAUAUAUACAUAUA